UCAAGACAGGGUUUCUCUGUGUAGCUUUGUGCCUUUCCUGGAACUCACAAAGAUCCACCUGCCUCUGCCUCCCGAGUGCUGGGAUUAAAGGCAUGCGCCCCCACCGCCUGGCAACACCCAGCUUCUUAAUAAGUGCUAGGAAUCUAACUUGGGGCUGGAUGCUUAUACAGCAAGUAGUUUACUGACUAAGGAUUUUUCCAGCCCCAUCCUCUCAAACAUCUGUCAUCCCUCGACUGGUCUGUUGGCCUAUAAGGCAGGUGAUGUAAGAUAAGCAAUCACGGCCAGUUGUAGCGGUGUGUGCAUUGAAUCCCAGUGCUCGGGAGGCUAAAACAGUAGGAUGUGGAGACUGAGUCCAGCCAAGACUAAAGGGAGACAUUCAAAAUCAAGAGAUCCUAAGUUCUGAAAGAAAAGCAGGAAUUUGCCAGAAACACUAAAAAAGGAGAAAAGAAAAUGGAGAAGUAUUUCUCUUUGGCUGGAGCAUUAUGUGGAUGUGUGGAUGUGUGCUGAGCUGGCCUGGAAUUGGACCUGGUGGCACAGGCCUGUAAUCCUUACUGCAGGCUUGGUGCCUGCCUGGUCAACUUAGAAAAAGAAAAAAGAAGCUGGUGUAUAGCUCGUAAUCUCAUUUACUUGCCUGGCAUGUGAGAGGCUGUAGAUUCAACCCCUGGCACUUAAGUACCCACUGAGGCAGAAACUGAAAUUCUGAAUUCAAGGCCAGCUUGGGAUACAUAGUGAUACCCUUUUUGAAGAAAACAAAAACCAAAAUCCACAAACCAAACAACAAAGAAAGUCUGAGUCUCAUGGAACUGGAGUUACACUUGUGAGCCACCAUGUGGGUGACUAUGAUGAGUAAGUCUGUGGUGGAGAGAUGGGAGAGCAAGCAGUGGAGCAGCCUGGGCAUCAGGAAGAGGGGUGGAACUGGAGGCCAGAGGCGUCCUGAUGUGAGAGGCCUGCACUACCACCUGAGGCCACGCCUGAGUCCUUGGCCCUCCUGCAGCUGGGAGCUGUGCUGAUGUUGAUGUAACAAGGCUUGUGUUACCACCAAAGGCCAUUUGGAUGUCUGUGGUCUGGGCUGCUGUCUGAAGCCAUGGUGACAUACCAGGGCCUUGCUGAGCUGGCCCCACCCCUCACCUGGGCAGUGAGGGAGAGCUGGCAUCCGUGCGUGGGUACAGGAGAGCUAGUGGGCUAAUUAACUCAACUACCUCCAGGCUUUGAGCUGGCCUACCCCAGUAUCAAUUCCAUCUGUGAGCUGCUGGAACUUGUGUAGGGCCCGGUCCUGCAGAACCAUAGCUGCAGGAUCUCCCUGGCUCUGGGCAACAGGAUAUCUGAGUGGAGUCUUAGUGAGGGUCCAGUAUUGACGGUGUAGCAGAAGCCAGAGGCCUUGAACCAGACUAACAACUCACUGCAGUGAACAUUUGUAACUAAGAUGUUUGGGCAAAAGGGUCUACUGCAUGACACACUGCAGCUUCCAGUGCCAGUACAACUAACAAUAUGUGAUAGAGAGACGGGAGAGACCAGAGGAGCAGAGUGGUCCACACACAGCAGGACUGUGAGUGAGAGGGAGGGGCUGCGGUUGACAGGAGCAGGUCAUGCCCAGAGGGGUCGGCAAGAUGGUUGGCUUUUUUUUUUUCUUUUGUGGGGGAGGUUAUAAGGGAGGAGGGCAGAUAUGGAAAGACUGGGAAAUGAGGGGGGUUAGGGUCCAUCAGGUGAAAUUCUCAAAGAUUCAAUUAAAAAAUUUGUUUUUUUUUAAAAGCACAUAGCUAUAACUCAGAAUUUGAGAAGUAGGAGGAUUUCAAUUUUGAGGCUAGUCUAGGAUACAAAUUGAGACCCUAGACCCCAUAUUAAAAGGACAAAAUUGGGGGCUGGAGAGAUGGCUCAGUGGUUAAGGGCACUUCUGCUCUUCCAGAGGUCCUGAGUUUAAUUCCCAGCAACCACAUAGUGGCUCACAACCAUCUGUAAUGAGAUCUGGUGCCCUCUUCUGGCCUGCAAGGACUCAUGCAGACAGAACACAGUAUGUACAAUAAAUAAAUCUUUAAAAAAAAAAAAAAAGAACAAAAUUGGAGAGGCAGAGUUAUCAUAGGGCUGAAGUAAAGAAAAUAGCCAGCAAACAAACAAACAAAAAAAAAACAAACAAGCCAGGCAGUGGUGGCGCAUACCUUUAAUCCCAGCACUCGGGAGGCAGAGCCAGGUGGAUCUCUGUGAAUUCAAGGCCAGCCUGGUCUACAGAGCGAGAUCCAGGACAGGCACCAAAACUACACAGAGAAACCCUGUCUCGGGGGGGGGGAAAAAAAAAAGAAAGAAAGAAAUUGGCCAGCGUGGUGGGCCUUUAAUCCCAGCACUUGUAAGACAGAGAGGCAGGUGGAUCUCUGUGAGUUCAAGGCCAGCCUCAGCUACAAAGUGAGUUCCAGGAUAGCCAGGGCUACACAGAGAAACCUUUUUUUUUUUUUUUAAAGUCUGAGGUUGGGGAGAAGGCUUUAUGGGUAAGAUGGCUUCCUCUGCCAGCAUGAAGACCUGAGUUCAAAACCUCAGUAGCUAUGUAAAAAGCAAAAAGCAUGGCUGCAUAUGCUUGUAAGCCCAGAAUUGGUGAUAAAGAUAAAUGGAUCCAGAGGUUGGUCAGCCACACUAGCCUAAAUGUCAAGCUUCCAGUUCCUUAGCAGACCCUGUCUCAAGGCUAUAAGGAAAAGUAAUAGGAAGACACCCAUGUCCUGCUCUGGCCUCUGCAUGCAUGGGCACAUGUGUCCACACAUGAAUGCUUCAACCAGAGGGGAGUCGCAGGCAUGCAAGAGAUUAAUUGACUGGUAGAGAGUUGUGCUAAGCAGGUAUGGCAGUGGGUACAGAAGUGAGUGCAUUAUUUUAUGAGUAUGGUGUGUGGGUAAUUUUGUGUACAAGAAAGUGCACCUGUGUUCAUAUGGCGGCCAAGGGAAGACAUCAGCUGUCCUCCAUCUUUGCGUUCCUCCUUUGAGGCAAAGUCUAACUGAAUCUGAAGCUUGCACUUCGGGCAUAGGCUGGAAGUCAGCAAACCCCAGUGAUCCUCUUGUGCCCACCUUAUUCAGUGCUGGGAAUGCACCUGGCUUUGUUUGAUUUUUUUUUUUUUUCCCCUGAGGCAGCAUUUCUCUAUGUAGCCCUGGCUGUCCUGGAACUCACUCUGUAGACCCGGCUGGCCUUGAACUCACAGAGAUCCACCUGGCACCUGGCUUUUUUGUAGAUCCUGGGAAUGAACUACAGUCUUCAUGUUUGCAGAACAAACAACCUUAACUCCUUAGCCAUCUCUCUAGACCAGUCAAGUGCAUUAAGAACGAGACAUUUAGGCUGAAGAGACAGGACGUAGGUGCCAUGAUGUUUGAUGUCUACAUUCAGGAAAACACGGAAGUCUAAGCGAAGGGAACAGCUGAGUUUUGGAAAUGAGUUUGAGGUGCAGAGAGAAGACGUGUUCCUAUGACAUUGAGUGAGCAAACAGACCUUGAACUCCAGUGAGUAUCUGGGAUGGAACUGACCCAAGGAGCCAUCAGCAUAAAUGUGAUAACUGAAGCCUUGGGGGGUGUGAGACCCAUAAGAGAGGAUGGGAGGGUCUGAGGAAAUCAGGCUUGUGACGGAAUUUUGGGGAUGUGAUUAAAGGCUAAAUAGAUGGGGGCGGGGAAUGUGGGUCGAUGGUCGAGUGCUGGCCUAGCAUACAAAAGGCCCUAGGUUUGAUCAGCAGUGAAAACAAACAAAACUGAGAAAUGACGAUGCUCCUGUGGAAGAAUGGCUGAAAGGAUGGGAAAAAACAAAAAUAUUCCAGAUCAUGUAAAGCAUGACUGCAGUUCAAAAUUGAACUCUUAGACUAUACUUCAAUACCUUGCAGUCCUGUAUACACAUGUUUCUCAUGCUGGACUGCAAAAUCUACUGGCCUUGUUCAUUAGUUUACCCUAGCAUAUUCUGCAUGUUAUUUAGCACAUGGUAGCUAGUAAAAUAAAGGGGCCAUACGGGAUGCUCACCAGAUUGUGUAAAGUGCCUUUCCUAAUGAGUAUGUUCUAAACUGCAUUUCAUUUCAAGCUUUGUGGCCAAUGAUGAAUAAAAGGGGGAUGGAACUUGGGACCUUGGAAGUUCUGUAACUAAGACAUGGAAGUAACAACAGCUAGCCAAGACAAAAAGAAUGUUCCUUUCUUUCCCCUUCCAAGUUCUUAGUGAAGGGCCGAACCCAGGAUCCCAGACUUGUGUGACUAGGUAAAUAUUAGGAGACUAACUUCACUUUGGUACCCUCCCCUCAGUGGCCUCAAGGUGGCUUCUCGGGAGACAGAGGCUUCUAAGCACCAAAGCGCUCCACUGCGCAAACCUAACAUCAUGCGGAAGGGAGACACUUCGGAAACAGCAUCAAUUACCCCAGCCUAUCGCUCGGUCAUGGAGGAGUAUGGUUAUGAGGUGGGCAAGGUCAUCGGCCAUGGCUCCUAUGGAACAGUCUAUGAGGCUUACUACACAAAGCAGAAAGUCAUGGUGGCUGUCAAGAUCAUCUCAAAGAAGAAGGCCUCCGAUGACUACCUUAACAAGUUCCUACCGCGUGAGAUACAGGUAAUGAAAGUCUUACGGCACAAGUACCUCAUCAACUUCUACCAGGCCAUCGAGACCACAUCCCGAGUAUACAUCAUUCUGGAGCUGGCUCAGGGCGGUGAUGUCCUCGAAUGGAUCCAACGAUAUGGGGCCUGCUCUGAGACCCUUGCUGGCAAGUGGUUCUCCCAGAUGGCCUUGGGCAUCGCCUACCUGCACAGCAAGGGCAUUGUGCACCGCCUGACCCCCAGCCUUUCUGCUGCUGGUAGGGACUUAAAGUUGGAGAACCUGUUGCUGGACAAGCGGGAGAAUGUGAAGAUAUCGGACUUUGGCUUCGCCAAGAUGGUGCCUUCUAGCCAGCCUGUGCGUAGUAGCUCUUCCUACCGCCAAAUGAGCUGUCUUUCUCAUCUCAGCCAGACCUACUGUGGCAGCUUUGCUUAUGCCUGCCCGGAGAUCUUGCUAGGCUUGCCCUACAACCCCUUCCUGUCUGACACCUGGAGCAUGGGCGUCAUCCUCUACACUCUAGUGGUUGCACGUCUGCCCUUUGAUGACACCAAUCUCAAGAAGCUGCUGAGAGAGACCCAGAAGGAGGUCACUAUCCCAGCUAACCUCAACAUCUCCCAGGAGUGCAAGAACCUGAUCCUCCAGUUGCUACGCCUAGCGACCAAGCGCGCCACUAUCCUGGAUGUCCUCAAGGACCCCUGGAUGCUCAAGUUCCAGCCCGAGCAACCCACGAAUGAGAUCAAGCUGCUCGAGGCCAUGUAUCAGUCUGCCAGCGCCUCUAACCGGCACCAAUCCUUGGAAAUCACAGCUUGAAGAUGGCUGAGGUGGGGGGCCAAGGAGAAAAGCAGGAGGCUCGGGGGGAAAUCUUUUCUAUAAAAAUAAAUCUAAUUAGUUUCAUCAUGUAGGGUCAAAGACAUUCUUUCCUCAACAGAGUCUUAGUGGAGAACAUACGAAGGGUGGAUUUCUGCCCCAAGCCUGGAACCCUUCCUCUUUUUUUUUUUUUUUUUGAAGGGGGGAACCCUUACUCUUGACACAUGUAAAAGUUAAUGACAUUGACUUGGGGAAGCUUUACUAUGCCAACUACGUUUGUGGCUCUCAUUUCACAUCUUUGUUCUCUAAUGUUCUAGCAGCAGAUGGGACAAGGAGGGAAAAGCCCGGCUUGUUCUGUUGGACUCUGGCUCUGCCCAUUUACAUGUUCAAAGCAAUAGCACUGUUCUUUCUGUUUUGUGUCUACUCCCAACUUGGGUAAAAGUUUUCACUGGAAAGAGGAGCUAGCAAAGGAGCAGGACAGCCUGUUUCUCAGUGCUCAUGCUGCCUGCUGACAUGAUCCACAGAAACGUUAGGGCUUACUUAGUGUCUUGGUGCGCUUUCCUCCGGUAACACUUCAACCACUCCUGAAAGAAUGCUGGGGACCCAGGGCUCCUAGAUACUGAAGUAACAGAGUUCAAACCCAGCUUCAUGAACUGUGGGUUCUGGAUAGAGGAGAGCUAGUUACCCCUACGGAAGAAAACUGAAGCUAUCUUGUUAGAGGCAUGACUGAGCCAAGCAAUGAGAAAGACUCACAUUGGCUCCUCAUAUCUGAUUUCCUCUCUUCUCUCUUCCCCUCCCUUCCUCCUCCAAGUAUCCUAGAACUCCCUCUGUAGCUCAGACUAGCCUUAAACUCAUGAUCCUCCUGCCUUAGCCUCUAGAGCGCUGGGAUUACAGGCAUGUCCCACCAGGUCUGGCUAUCAGCAUGUUUCUAAGCUAAUUUCCCCACCUCCCAUUUUGUUUGUUUGUUUUGAGACACAGGGUAUAACUGUGCAGCCCUGACUGGUCUGAACUCAGAGAUCUGCCUGCCAUUGUCUCCUUGAGUGCUGAGGUUAAAAGCAUGUGCUACCACACCUGGUAUUGAUAGCAAUUUCUU